UUUUUAUUAAAUUCAAGGACAAGACAUAUGAAGAAUAGCUAACAUCAGAUUCUUCUAUAAAAGCAAAUACACCCUGUAACUGAUCAGUUCUCUAAUUUGCAAAUGAUUUGAGAUUGACAACAUUCAUGCUGCAAGUAUCAUUUAAAGGUUAGGUUAUUUUGUGUGAAUACAAUAAGCUUUUUAUAUAAAGAAAAUCGCUUUUACAGGAUCAUUUAAAAUGAUGAAAAUUCAGUUUUUAUUCGAGGGAGAGGGGCUUAUCUCAAUGAUUUCCGAUCAAUGAGACAUUUUUUACAGAAAAUCAAAGGUUUGAAAGAUCAAAUUUUCUGAAAAAGAAUGCAAAAAGGGGCUCAGAUGUUGGAUCUGUAGAGUCUCAAUUUUUCAUUAUUUGUUUGUAGUUGUUUAGAUUGUUGGCUGUUUUAUGUUCAUUUGGUAAAUUGUUCCAAUUUUAUGGCUUCAUGGACUUUUUGAAACAAAUUUUACUUGCUCAGGUGUGUGAUGCUGCAAAUCAAAGGGUAUCAACAUUCGUACAGAUUUAGAAUUGGUAAAUGUCUUGCAUUAAAGAGGAAUUUAGUCUUUAGAGUGUUAUACGAAAUAUGACUUGUACACAUAUUUGAUAUGAUAAGUAACUAACUAACUAGAUGAAAAGGUCUUAAAAAGAAUUCCUUCUUUCUUUUAAGCCGCAAUCUUGUUUUCUCAAAAGCCGUAGGUUGAUAAAGAGACAAAUUGUCAAGGAAUUAAAAACAUGGCUAAGUUCUUAACUAAUUCUUGAAUGUAACUGAUUUUGAGUAUCAGUUCUCUUACAGAAUUUAAUUUUGCAAAGAGAUUGUAGUUCUUAGAGAAUUUUGUAGUUCUCAUAAAAAUACUGACAACUUUGCCCUUGCUGUACCAAUUGGACAUGCUAUGCAUACACAGUAUCAACCAUGAAUUGCAGAUUAAACAUUGUGUUUAAUUUGUGUUGGGUUGCAAUAGACAUAAGUAACAAUAAAGUAAGGAAGGCUCUUUGUCAAAGAAACAAGAAUAAAUAUUAUUUUAAAAAUUAAUGCAUGUGGCUUAGUUCUGUUUUGGUAACAUAGCAACAAGUGAAGCUCCCAUUAAAUAUUCAACUUAUUGGCUAGUCCGUGGAGAAUCAAACUGCCACGAGAGGAAUUGCGGUCAAUGGAGCAAUCAAAUGACAUUAAGAUCAAUUUUUAUGUUUACCAAAUGUUGGUAGAAAGCUAAGGUUUCCCAACGAUUUAAAGUGAAUGAAGAACAGCAUAAUACAGAAGAAUCAGUGCAGGGAAACCUCAAUUGGCUCGUUCUGAGGGCAGAGUUAAACGUACGAAAAUAUGACAUUGGUGCUCUACGUUCAUGAUGUACCCGGCUGGGCGUAAAGAACGAUGUUACAGCGCAAUACCCAGUCUGACGCAACGACGCAAGCCGCCGCGGUUGCUAUCGGCGAAAGACAUUCGAUCCAGCCUUCACAUCCAUGAAUCAAUGCCAUAUCGCACACAAUAUGCAUAUGUCACAUUGGUAUCAACAGAAGAAUUUCUUCCAGGCGCUCUUCUGCUUGGAUGGUCGUUGCGAAAAACAGGCACCAACUACGACUGCAUUGCCAUGGUGGUGCCUGAAAUAACCCGGCAAGCAAGGGCAAUAUUGAGAAAGAUUUUCAGUAGGGUAGUAGAAGUUGAGAGCAUCAAAACCAACCGAAGAACGCCAAACCUACGAUUUUUGCCGCUAGAAGAUAGAGCUGAAUUUUCUCAUCGGCUAACAAGGUGCAAUGUUUUCAAAUUUAUAGAAUAUGAAAAGGUAUUGUUCAUAGAAAAUAAUGUAUAUGCUGUACGUAAAAUUGAUGAAUUGUUUCAACUGCAAGCUCCCGCUGGAAUUUCCUCAUUAGUGGAUUCUUCGAGCCAAACCAAACUUCAUGGGAUUUCUCUAUCAAGUGAACACACAACAAAGGCCUUGGACAUGUCACGUGGUAUACGUGGUAGCAUUUUGCUACUUACUCCUAGUAUCUCCUUAUACCAGUUUUGCCAUACCUUCAAAAGAAGGCACAGUUAUCCUCAUUUUAUUCGCCCAGAUGAAGAGUUCAUGACAAAAUUAUUUCUUGGCCAAUGGACACACAUAGACUCGAAGUUUGCAACGGUGCCUUGGCAGGCAAACAAAAUCCGUUGUGAUAUUUACGGUAUUUGUUUGGAAAGUUUUCGUUGGUGGAAAGACGAUUGCAGAAAUUGCGAAGAAGCUCGUCAAUGGCGCUUGGAAGCUAUCAGAAUGACAAAGGAUAUUCCACAAACAAGAGGCCCUUUUAGAAACAUGGUUUGGUUCAAAGAAAUUGAACAGAACAUUCCAGCAUCUCCGGAGCCAAAUUUUGUGUCGACGACUGAGCUUUUGGACAAAGCACAUCUGUUUGGUAAAAAUUCUAUGUUGACCUAUAACCAAGGUUCAACGAUGAUAAAGUAGGGUACCACGUUGACAGUGUGGCGGGUUCACCUGUCUGAAGACUACAAUCCCGGACAAAAUAGUCGAAAUUUUUCUAGAAAAAUUGCUGUUUUCUCUUCCCUUUAGAAAAUGACUCCCUCACCCUCACCCAUCCCCUGAAUCAAUGUUGGUUGCAUUUUUGCGAAGUACAAAUGAUAGAACUACCUAACAAGCACUGAUUCGGGGGAAAGGGGAUUCGGAUUUACAAUAGAAAAUUGAAAAUAGUACUUUUUGUCUCAACACUUUUUUCAGCAUUGUAGCUCAUUCGUAACUAAAAUUUGCAGAGUUACACACAUUUCCAGACACCUUUUCCUUUUCAUACAGUGAAGCAGUCUACUCAAAGUCGAUGAUGUAGUUACCCAUUCAAAAAUAAUGGUAUUGCAAAAAGUCACCCAUUCGAAAUCCACAUCUCACUGCACACCCCAUAUGCCCAAAUAGGACUGUGCUCCGUCCUUUCAGUUAAAACGUUGGCUCACUAAAAAUGUUAUUGUCUAGCCAAAAAUUGUUAAAUUAAAUGUCUAGCCAACGUAAUGAAACCCAUCUGAAAGGUUUGGAUAAGACGGAUUAGUAACAA